AGGUAAUGAAGUUGAGUGUCCGGAGUACACCGUAAGAGGAUGUCGAUGCUGGAGCUGAGAGAAACAUAAAUAUGACUAUCUGUCCGCGGCUUUGGUUAGUCUUUGUUCCACUCUUGAUCCUCUUCUUCCAAGUUCAAAGUCCCAAUCCGGGUAAAGACCUUACAUACCUUUUCAAAUCUUUCUGAAUAUGAAAGAUCAGCACCGUGCUGGUCCCGCAAAAAUCGAGCAGAACAAUAUCCAUCGUCCACUUUCUCACACAACCACUGUGUCCUCAUCCAACUCCUCUCAAAGCGACAACACCACUGAAGCUCUCCGCCAAUCCUCCCACAGAUUCUCCUUCCCGUCUGGCGCAAGACUAUUUCGUCCUCGUUCAAAGUCGCCCGCAGCAAUUGGCACAGAGUUGCCGAUAAAUCGUACUCGUCGCUCCACGUCCGACAGCUACGGGGAAACAAUUCCUAGAAGCGUCCCUACUUCUUGUGACAACAUCCCUCGACAGUCAACGAGCCCCACCGCAAUGUCUCCCAUCGAGCCCACCAGCCCGAUUUCUGCUGGCCUGCAGAAGCGCGACUCGGGAUCGUACAGCUCCCAUCCCAGAAAGAGCGGCGAAGAUCAUCGCCGCUACAGCGGAACUGUGAACCACUACGGCCGUCAUUCCAACGACUGGUUGUUCGGUGGGUUCAGUCUGCGGGACACCGUCCGUGAGGGCGUCGAUCGCUUGCGUCAUGGAAAAGAGAGCUGA